GCAAAGUAACGUGUGACUGUUAAACCAAUUGAAAUAGCUGUCAUCCGUCGUAACCACAGAAACAAGAAAGGGGCAAAGGAGAAAUAACAGUACAUCAAACCCGGCAAACAAAGAGGUCCUUUUUUCAACGACAACAUUUUUCCUCCAUAUUCUCUAGUUAUGAGUCAUGUGGCCGUCGAAAAUGUCCACGGUCUAGAGCAGCAGCUCGCUGUCCUAGACUUGAGUGCGGCAGACGGACAAGGUGGAGGCACCAACCGGCGAUACAUUCCUCCACAUUUACGGAACAAAGACGCUUCCAAAAAUGCAGGAAAUGCCUUUGCUGCUGGUCGACAGGGUGGCUACACCAUAGCGCCCGCAGCUAAUUAUGGUUGGGAUGGGGGGCGCAACAACUUUGUUAAUGGCUACCAUGACAACCGCAUGGCCGGCGGCAACUCGUUUAGCGGGCCGCCUCGCAUGGAGCGUGGCCGAGGGGGCGUCGGUGGAGGCUACCGUGGCAACAGGGGCGGAGCCUUCAACCCAAUCAACCCAGCACAGCCUAUGGCCUUUGGUGGCUACGAAAAUAAAGAUGCCGGCGGCUGGAACACCGCCAAAGAUGCCUAUGGCAGUUUUGGCAACAACCGUGGAAAGUCAGCAUUCUUCAACGACAGAGGCAACGCUAACAGAGGGAGGUUCGAUCAUGGUGGAUUUGGUGGUGGAGGAGGUGGAGGAAACAGCCGCUGGGUGGAGGAGUCCAGAGAUGACGGAGACUGGUCCAAACCAACACCACGUAAUGAACGCCUUGAACAUGAGUUGUUCUCCGGCAGUAACACUGGGAUUAACUUUGAGAAAUACGAUGACAUUCCUGUCGAGGCCACAGGACAGAACUGCCCUCACCACAUCGAGAGUUUCCAAGAUGUGGACAUGGGGGAGAUCGUCAUGGGUAACAUUGCUCUGAGCCGCUACACAAGACCGACCCCUGUCCAGAAAUAUGCCAUCCCUAUUAUCAAGUCAAAGAGAGACCUCAUGGCCUGUGCGCAGACAGGUUCUGGGAAGACUGCAGCGUUCCUGCUGCCGAUUCUCAGCCAGAUUUACACUGACGGACCAGGAGAAGCUCUUAACGCAGCUAAAGCAUCUGGACAGGAGAACGGAAAGUACGGGCGUCGUAAGCAGUACCCCAUCUCACUGGUGUUGGCUCCAACCAGAGAACUCGCACUGCAGAUAUAUGAUGAAGCCAGGAAGUUUUCCUACCGCUCCAGAGUGCGUCCCUGUGUGGUGUACGGAGGAGCAGACAUCGGCCAGCAGAUCAGAGAUCUGGAGAGAGGCUGCCACCUGUUGGUGGCCACACCUGGAAGACUGGUGGACAUGAUGGAGAGGGGAAAGAUUGGACUGGACUACUGCAAGUACCUGGUCCUGGAUGAGGCAGAUCGUAUGCUGGACAUGGGAUUUGAGCCACAGAUAAGACGCAUCGUUGAACAGGACACCAUGCCGCACAAAGGCAUCCGACAAACCAUGAUGUUCAGCGCAACCUUUCCUAAAGAGAUCCAGAUCCUAGCCAGGGAUUUCCUGGAGGAGUACAUCUUCCUGGCGGUGGGCAGAGUGGGUUCCACCUCAGAGAACAUCACUCAGAAAGUUGUGUGGGUGGAGGAGAGCGACAAGAGGUCUUUCCUCCUGGACCUGCUCAGCGCCACAGUCAUCCCCAGCGAGGUACAGGACAAUACAGGAGACAACAUAGAGAAACCUGGUAAGGACUCGUUGACUCUGGUUUUCGUGGAGACCAAGAAAGGCGCAGACGCCUUGGAGGACUUCCUGUAUCGGGAGGGCUACGCCUGCACCAGUAUCCAUGGUGACCGCUCCCAGAGAGACCGAGAGGAGGCCCUGAGCCAGUUCAGAUCAGGAAAAUGCCCCAUUCUGGUGGCCACAGCGGUUGCAGCUCGUGGCCUGGACAUCUCCAAUGUGAAACACGUCAUUAACUUUGACCUGCCCAGCGACAUAGAGGAGUAUGUCCACCGUAUUGGACGUACGGGACGAGUUGGAAACCUGGGACUGGCCACAUCGUUCUUUAACGAUAAAAAUGGGAACAUCACAAAAGACCUGCUGGACAUCCUGGUCGAGGCCAAACAGGAAGUUCCCUCAUGGCUCGAGAGCCUGGCCUAUGAACACCAGCAUAAGAGCAACAACAGAGGACGCUCUAAGAGGUUUUCUGGCGGUUUUGGAGCACGUGAUUAUCGCCAGACGGCCGCCGGAGGCACCGCUGGAGGCUUUGGAGGACGUGGAGGUCGCAACCAGGCAGGACAUGGAGGAAACCGCGGGUUUGGAGGAGGUGGUUUCGGUAACUUCUACACCAGUGAUGGCUACGGUGGAAACUACUCACACUCACAAGUUGACUGGUGGGGCAACUAGGUUCCUCCUCCCCUCCUUUCCUCAUUCCUCUUUCUUCCUCUCACUCAUCCUCCUUCCUUUCUCCACACUGUUGUCUGCACCCCAUCCGUCUCCUCCCCUUCAUUAACCCCGAGACCCAACGUGCAUGUUAUUAAACUAUUUAUACUCAUUUAUAUAGCCUUCCUUCCAUCCCUGUGCACUCAGAUCUUUUAAUUCUUUGACUUUUCUCGUCCUUUCCAUCUCCACCUCCGUCUUUACGGUCGCCCAUCUCUUCUUCUCUUCGUUUCUUAAAUCCUGGUAAAUCUCACCUUGUACAAUAGGCCACAUUAUAAAGGGAUUCUUUAACUUUAGGUUGUUAUUUUUUAACACAUCCUUUGGUUCCAGUGAGGACAUUUUGAACUUUUCCCUCUGUGGCAAGUGCUUGAAGAAAAAUAACCAGAUGAAGUAAGGUUCUAGUUGUUCCUUUAACCCGUUAAGAUUAGAUGGACAUGUAAGAGUUACAAUGAGUUAGUCCUACGAGACAGUCGUAGAAGACCAGGGGGGAAAUUCUUUUUUUUCACUUUAGUUGUGAGUUUUGGUUUCAUCGUGUUUUUGUCUGCAUUCACCCAAAGCCAGCCAGGCGUCCUGUUGUACCUUCACAUGACAUCUUUGUUUGUAACGCAUGGCCAUGUUGUAAAUCACCGGCCAAAAACUUUUCUAAAACAUAGCGCAGAGAUAGGCAAGAUGUCAGUUCUGAGCAAAAUAUGUCUGCAUAUAAAUUCAAAGAAUGGGAACUGGCUGAAGUCUCCUUCAUUUACAUGAUAGAUACUAAACAGCGGCCACAGAAACAGAAAUUUUUAUUAUUUUUUCACCUUUUUAAAACAUACUGAAGUCUUGAUUUACAGAGAUCUGAGAAAGAUGUCUAACAGAGACCGGAGGGACAAGGGGGCUGGACAAACUGAAACACCCAGCCGCUGGGACGGCCAUUAAUAAUGAUGCUACAAACAGUCUUCAGACUGUGAACAGCAUUUUCUUUGUUUGAAACAAAACAUAAUGGAGGAUCAUUUGUUUCUGUACUGUGCCUUUAAGAAUUUGAACUUUGUCUCUUAUUCCUGUUGUUUUAAUUGCCAUAAUCCGUUAAGUGGCUACAAGUAUUGGCCAGCUGUGACUAAAAAAAUGUGUAUUUAAUGUCAUGUAUAGGUUUAAACAUGUUUUUCUUUAUUUCUAUUUGGAAGGAAACAAACUAGGCUUGAACUAAAUCAAACCUUGGCAAAAAAAAAUAACUGUGAUGAGGAAACUCAAAGCAAUUCCUUAUCUUUCUAUUGGAGUUCAAAUUCAUCAGGUCUCUGAUGAGCUGAUUCCCAAAAGCAUAUUACCACUGUAACCUUAUUUAUAGACAGACCUUCAUCCAGAGUGACAAAAGUGAGACAAAAAGAAGUUCCAUCUGUCUUACUCCAAAAAAGAGUUAAUUACAAAAAAACAAAACAGAUUUAUUUGCUUUAUUAGCCUGUGAGCGGAGAUAACAACAGUGGUUUUAUGCUUUUGGGAAACCGAGUCCUACUAAUUGACCUAUACGUCACAUGUACAGCUCUGGUUUGAGCUUGAGUUUGAGUUUCUCAAAGGCAUCUUGUCACUAAUUGUUGGGUAACACGUCAUCUCAGAACAACUGAGAGAGAAUUUGGCCCUACCAGGGUAGCAGCAGUCAUGUUUCUUCUCGAACCAUUCAGACGUGGUUGUUAAUAAAAGAUAUUUUCUGGUUUAAUUUCCAGUUUUGCUGGUAUAGUCUGUUGUUAAACUUUAAGCAGGUUUCAUUUUAUGCAAACCAGUUGAACCGGCAUUUGUCAUUAUGCCAAAUUUAAGAAGUAGCCCACAUCAUCAACCUGAGCUGAC